UCGGGUUCAUGUAGUAAUGCACGCCUCCUCCCAUUUCAGGUUGGCUGCUUACCCGGCUCCCUCCGUGAAAGGGGUAGCUGUAAGGCAAAUAGGUGAUGGAAGUUUGCAGUGGAAAUGGCUAAAUAGUCGAGCUUGACCUUUUAUUCGGGACACAGAAACUCGAUCAGCUGAUGACUCCAAACUAGCUGCCAUUUUUAGGUCAUUCGAGGCGCCUCGCUAACUUGUUUGUAGCUCCAGCCAGCUGCACGAAUAAAGCUGCUCUCUCCGCCCGCCAGCCGCCCUGUGGGAUGGGGGCAUCGCUUUGUCCUGUGCUGUCUAACGGUGGAAUAUAAAUCAUGAUGGCUGAUGGAUGUUGCAGAGGGAUGGAAAGAGGCAGGGGGAAGAUUGCAUCAGAUUCUUUACCGAGACCUCCAUAUCCCCAGCAAUACGUCCAGACCGGAUCCCAGCAGCAGGGCAGUGACAUCCAGGAGUUAGCCUCCAAACGCGUCGACAUCCAGAAGAAACGCUUCUACCUGGACGUGAAGCAGAGUGUGCGCGGGCGCUUCCUGAAGAUAGCCGAGGUGUGGAUCGGAAGAGGCCGUCACGAUAACAUCAGGAAGAGCAAGCUGACGCUGUCCAUGUCGAUGGCCCCCGCUCUACGCUACUGCCUGGGAGACUUCAUAGAUUACUAUGCCCGGAUCGGACUGCGGGGGGGCCUGGCGCCUCCGCAGCUCGAGGAGCACAGCAGCAACGGACAGGGCCGCGCGCACGACUCCCGCAGGAGAGCGCAGGAGCAGCACGCGGGGCUGUCUCCAACCGGCUCCGCGGCGAGCGACGAUCAUGCCCACCGCGUCCUCAAGAGCGAAUUCAUCGAGAGGGACAACAGAAAGUACUUUCUGGACCUGAAGGAGAACCAGAGAGGCCGCUUCCUCCGCAUACGGCAGACUGUCAGCAAAGGACACGGCACCAUGGGCUACUACGGCCAGGGCAUCGAGCAGACCAUCGUGCUGCCCGCUCAGGGGCUCAUCGAGUUCAGGGACGCGCUGUCGCAGCUCAUUGAGGACUACGGCGACGAAGACAGCGACGACCGCGGCCGAGCCGGCUCCAGGACUCACGACGACAACCCCGAGCUUCCAGAGGCUGCGUCCUUUCGGGUGGACAACAAGAGGUUUUACUUUGACGUCGGGUCGAACCGCUACGGUAUCUUUUUAAAGAUUAGCGAAGUGCGACAGCCGUACAGAAACACCAUCACCGUCCCCUUAAAAGCCUGGGCGAGAUUUGGAGAGAAUUUCAUCCGGUACGAGGACGAGAUGAGGCGGAUUUUCUCGUGUCACAAGGAGAAGAGGACAGACGCCCGGCAGGACAGCGAGGAGCAGGAGGACUGACCUUGCGUUGUGGGGACCGUGGUCAGUAAAGCCCCCCCAUCCUCUCCAUCAUGUGCUGUAUGUGUCCAUGCAGCGUCCCCGCUAACAAGGGCUGCUCAACUCCUCACGACCACCUGCCAAGAAGCCGAUGCCUGAAAAACAGUCAGCUAUAUUUCCAAUCCUUUUAUUUCUCAGCGCUCAGCCACUAGGCCAGGGCCAUCCGGGGCCUAUCUGGGGCCCUGAGCAGCAAUCGUAGACCAACCCCCCCCCCCCCCCCCCCCCCCCCAUUUUUUUCAUUACAUUUGUUUAGCAGAGUAAUUUAUCCAAAGCCACUUACAAUACAUUUAAAAUGAAGAGAUCAAUUACAGCAUUUUUUAAUUCUAGGUGACACUGUAAGGUGCCACUAGUGGUAUAAGGAAUGUAGCACAGGCUGGGAAACACUUGUUUUGCCCCCGAAGCAUUGUGGUGAACAAAAAGCUGCCAACCACAUUUUAUGACUAGUGAAAUUUUAACAAAAAUAUUAACAUUGAAAUUGCAGCUAUAAAAGACCUCACAAGUGGAAGUUGCUUGUUUGGGGGGGGGGGCCCAGCCAGCCUUCAGCCCCGAGCAGGAAGUUACUGUCACUGACGCACAACACCCUGCAGAGAGAGCUAAGGUAGUCAAGCUACAGUAACCAGGAUGUGCUGAGCCAGUGUGAUCAUCAUAAAUAAUAAUAACUAUACUGCAACACACACACACUAACACACACACACACACACACACACAGAAGAUGGGUGGGCUUUCACACCAACAAUAACGCCGUGGCAAAAACGGGUGCAGGCUUCCUCAUUCACUUCAAUGACACACUACUCUUCCUGCUGUGCGGUACUGUUGUCAAAUCAAAUAUGUGAACGCGGCCAGAGCAGCUAGAAAACUGUGCAGUGUGUAAAAUGUAGCAAUGUGCUGAUUUGCUUCCCGCGUCGGCAUCACCGAGGUGAGGGAAGAAACGAGUCCAGCCUCAAAGCAGCACCAGCGCAGACUGCCAUGCGGUGGCCUGGUUCUUGAUGAGCACUCAGACGUGCUGCGUGUAUUUGAUCUUAUUCCUGGACGCACACCAGCACAGCCACAUGCGCUGUUCUGCCAUAGUGCUAUUGUCAGUAGGAAAGCACCAAGCAGCUUACGAUGGAUUAACAAGGUUAGCAAAACUAAAAUGAGUCAAACCAAUUUAACCAGCCAGUGCAAUACAUCUCCUUUAUAAUUCUCUCCAACACAGGCACACACAGGGCUGCGUUGGUCACAUUUAGCUUUGUGUUUCACUGAGCUGAGCCACAUACUAACAUUUGUUACUUGCUUUGAAGCCUCAAACACUUGAAAAGGAAUGGGCUUGAGGUGAUUGCUGCCGGAGUAGAUCGCUGUAUGAAUAGAUUUUAUUUAUAUAUAUAUAUAGAUGUCUCUUCUCACCAUCCAAAAACCCCGUCAAGAAAGAGGAGAGAACGCAGACGGUGACUGCUGUCUGACAGAGACAUGCGCACAGCUCAUGAUCGUUAAGGAUAAGUGUGUGUCUGAGUUACAUUGCAUGUUGCAAAUACAGCUCAGAUUGACACACUUCAUUUACUGAAGGAAAGGUAUUUUACAUGUGUUCUGCUGAGCACACUAGCGGCACAGCGCUCACAGUGUUGUGCUCACAAUCCAAAUGAAUUGAACAGACCUGUAAAAAAGAUGGCCUUGGUCGCAGCUCUGCCAGUGCAGAGUGCUAAAUUGAAGUAAAUCCACUCUGAUCGACUGCAACAUGCAGCAGGUACCAAACUGGCUCUGCAUUGAAACUUGCAGGAACGUGGGCCUGUUUUUCCGUUUGCACACUAGUCUUUGCCACUUUUUAACAGCUGUGGAGGAGACCUGUGGUUAGUGACAAUGGCAAGAGGAAUUUUCUGCUCAGAUUCCUUUUUUUUGUGUCAAAAUAUUUAGUGAAAAGCAAAAAAUGUCUGUGGAAAUGUGUCAUAGACAUAUAUUUUUUCCUGCUUAUCUGUCCCGCAAAUGAUCUCGCGACGCCUGAGAGAUUGCUCCGUUAAGCGCUGAUGUAGCCAUUCCCAGUGCCAGUUUACUGAUGCUUCUUUUGGAUACACGGAAACAUUGAGAAAGAUAUUUUACAUUGUUUUACUACAUGCCCCUUAGACCUUGACACACUGAUCUGAAAUGAGAAAUCAAAAUCUUUCCUCAUGUCAUACAUUAGACCAGUGGCUCUAAAACCUACUCCUUAGUGUUGUUUUCAUUUUGAAAUAUGUGGUGCUAUAAAGCUGUUCAUACCCCACGUAGGACGGCGUUUUCCAGUUGACGUAAACAGAUAGGUGAAGGCAGACCUGUGACCUUGAUGCCGGUGAACAGAGGGGUAGAUAAACGAGUGUUAGCAUAGAAAGGGCUCAUCCUGCUCAAACAGGCCUUUAAAUCAUCUUUGUACCAAUGUGCUCGUUUCUGCAGAACUGUGUAUUUUACCUUUCCCUACUAUCUGCUAAUGAGGAGGUGAUGAAGUUGUCUACGUCUGUCUUGUGUGUUGUCUUUAAAUCUGCUGCUUCUCCAUUAGAGCUUGACUGGCGGUUUGCUGUACAUUGAGCUCUGUGUAUACUGUGUGUGACCUGCAUGAAAGAAGAGCUGCCCACUAAUGACAAAGAGCCCGAUUCAGACUCUGACUUGACUACAACUGUUAAGCUGCGUCACCUUGUGCUGAUUCAAAGGCUUGGAGUCAGCACAAGGUGAUUCAAGGUCUCUGCAAGAUCAGACACCCAAAGUGACAAGUCGAGGGCACCAUAGUUUUUCACAUGUAAAAAAGAAACAAGAAUUCCACCAAACACCACACACAUCAAAACAUGUAAUUCAGAGAAAGAUUAAAUUAAAAAGGGAUUGAUUUAGUCACAGAAAUUGUGAAAAGAAAAAACAUUUGCUUUGCCAUGCAGUCGGCGUAUUUGGGCAAUUGCAGAUAUAAAAUUAUGGAGCCAGGGAAGGGGGGUAAUAUUCCGAGAAAAAAGCUGUACAUUUAUGAGAAAAAACUCAGAUAUUCUCUGAGAUUAAAGUGGUAAAUUUACGAAAAGAAAAUCAACAAAACAAGAGUCAGGGCAGAGAAGAGGUGGAGUUUUCAGACAGUUUGGUAGAGGGACUUCAACAAAGCCACUUGAAAACAUGCGUCACAUCAUUCAGAAAUGCAGUUCUCCCCCAGUUUGGUCUUUAAACGGAAGGAAGUAUCUCAUAUUGGUUGGUGAGAGUAGUACCGAAAUAAGCUUAUUUGUGAUGGCUCAGUGUUAUUUACAUCUGCAUAACCUGCUUUGAAUAGAGUAGAGAGUCUUUUAAUAACACAAGCACAUCUGAAAAAUAGUAUUUUCUGAAUUUCUUCUGGAAAUUUGUGACGAUUUCAGAGAAUUUGAGUUUUUUUCUCACAAAUCUUAUAAUCUCAGAGAAGUUUUUCUUCUUGUAUAUUUGUGGGUUUUUAGUAAGUAAGUAAACAUUUUGAUCUCAGAGUAUCCAAGGCUUUUUUUUAUGACUUCAAUCCCUCUCUCCUGGCUCUAAUACGCUGUCGUAGUUUGCUUAGAUGUGGUAAUUGACAGCAACUAAAAUACAGUGUUCAGAUAAUAGCCAAGGGUGUCACAAGUUAACACAAACAAGCUGAGGAUGGAAUUACCUGCACUACACUGGCUGGCAUGGUUAAUUCUUUUCCAGAGCGUACACUCCAUCAGUAUAAUAGAGUCAUGUUGUACCUGCCACUCUGAGCACAAAUACUCUUCUUCGCUGUUCUUUUGUUGAAAUAUCUCCUGCAGGUGUUUGACAUUGUGAAUGAAAGUGACAGUGAGUAGAACAGGUACACACAGAGGAAGAGUUCAGUUUGCCAUCCAUCCAUCGCCAACUGCUUAUCCUGCGUACAGGGUCGCAGGGGGGCUGGAGCCAAUCCCAGCUGACAUCGGGCGAAAGACGGGGUACACCCUAGACAGGUCACCAAUAAGUUCAGUUGGCAUUAACAGCAAAUUAAAAGGAGCAGAUUUGACAGGCACGCAUCUACUACAAUAUGGUAAGAUAUUCUAAUAAUAAGAAGUAGAUAGAAAAACAUGCUGCGAAAAAAAAGCUCAGUUCUCUCUGCAGUUGAGUUAAAUGAAGAAAUAGUAUAUAUAUAAUAUAUUUCCUGCCAUGCUAAAGGAUCAUUCAAGUGCAAUAUGGUUGGACUUUUAUCACUGAGGUGUGAUGUUUUUAUGCUUGUUGAUGCGGGUAUACUGCACCAUCACCCUCCUGCAGACAUGCUGCUGUGGAGAGUGAAUAUCUCAAACCACAGUUCUUUAAAACCGUCUUUCUGAUAGGCUAGCUGCGGUACAUAAGAAAUGCAGUUCCACGCAAGGUGUAUUAAACUGCAGAUAACCAUAGAAACAACACUGAUGUUUCACAUGACAUUACUUGUUUAGUCUCUAUGGCUUGAACUGAUUACAAAUAAACUUUAAAAGAGAAAAAGAUUGGAAUCCAGCUUUCAUCAUGCUGUCGCAUCACAAUUCACUCAUUACUGGAUAAUACUAAGCUGCUGCACUGAGGUUCAAGGGGAAAGAGUUCAAAAGGCUUCCCACGUCACCAUAAUCUUUAGUCCACUCACUGACGCAACUCAAAAAUGCACAUUUCAAACCACACAAGAACAUCAGAAGCGUCUGAGUCGGGCCCUUUGUCUCAGUGUAACUCUACAAUGUGCUGAGAGCUGUCAAAGCCAAGUUUAAUGGAGUUGAGAUGUACUGAAAUGACAGGAGGUGAAGGGUUUAGGAGGGAGAACUGUUGAGAAAAAUCAGUGUUAAAAGAUUUGUGAUCGUGGCAGCCAGUUGUUGUGAUGCCUUUAUGUGCACGAAAAGCACAGGACUAGUUUGGUUUGGCGUGUUUGUUGUGUGGCGUUGGGCGUGAACGUACGUGGUUGUUUUAUUUUCAUAUAAAUGGCUAAAGUUAUAUGAAGCAGUCUAGGAAGUAGAAUUCAAAGCACAAUUUAUUUAAAAAAUCUGUGGCUUUAGAAUAUAUAAUUAUUGUAAAAUGUACUACUUAAAUUCAUUUGAUUCAGCAUUGAUGGCCAGUGAUUUUGGCUCCAGGGGCAAAUUUUCUCAAAGAUUAAAUUGUGCCUCAGCCAAGAUAUUAAGACAAAGACGUGGCGUUUAUUCUCCUGAAAGUGGAAUAUGGAUGCCUUAGACGGUAUAAUGCCAUCUGUCUUUUGAAUUCCAAAUAUCACUCCAAAAAGCACUUUAAAGUAAAGCUGCACUUUUGUUCUGCUGCUUUGUAAUCAGCUGACAGAGAGGGACCAUUUCUAUCCAUGCCUUUGCUGUAAAGAGACAAUCAUGGGUUUGUGCUUACAGAAUCUGAUGAGCUGCAGUUCGACACAUGACUCCCAUCAUGAUCUGUGUCCGGUUUUGAGCUUCUCGUUGAAGCGACGGUCUGGAGCUGAUCAUCCUGUGUGUAUUAACGCAAACGGCAUAUUAAAUAGUCAAUGUCAGGUGUACUGACACACUGAAGUCUCACUGAAGUUUGUGAAAUGAGCACGAAAUUUGAAAUGCAGAUUUUAUUCUGUGGACAUGAACAAUGUGAUGAUUACAGUGAAUGUGAUUGUUAGUCUGUUUAUUAGCUCAACAGGGCAUGCCUUGUACUCCGACAGGGGUGCCCUGUUGUCAGUAAACCAGGCUUCUGUUGCUGCUAAUGCUAAAUGGUGAACAGAUAGUUAUGACGCCAAACAAUCUGAGACGUAAUGUGAUGUAUCUUUCUGAAUUUUAAACCAUAGAUUGCACCAUAACUUAGGCAAGGCAAGUUUAUUUGUAUAGCACAAUUUAACAACAAGGCAAUUGAAAGUGCUUUACAUAAAACAUAAAAGCAACAGGGAAAUAUGUAAAAGUUUAAAAGCAACACAAAAUACUUAGUUGGACCAGCGUACAUGCUACAACGUAGUUUGGCGUUAGAUCCCGUUGGUUACAUUUGGAUACAUUUGAAUAAAUUGCGUGUGGGGUGUGGGAGCAGAUGUUUCAUGCCAUGGCUUUGUGCUCAUUUCACAGCAUUUCAUGAGACCAAAAUUUGUGUGUGCAGCAUGAGAAGGAGAACGAUCUCGGCUCUAAAACAUCACUUUUCCAGAUUACGUACUGUAUCUUCUUUAGAAUCAAACUGAUGUACUGGAUGUCAGUGGUGGAACCCUCAUAGAACGUUCCCUUCUUAUUAAAUAGUAAGGAAUAGGAAAUAGUACUGCAGAGCAAGAGAAUAUUCUUAAGAAAGCUGAGUGAGAUUUUAACUAUUUGUCUAAAAGUAGUGACCCUGAUUUAAAAUGAUAACAACUCUUAAAUCCCAAAUCUAAUUUAAUAAAUAAAUAGAUACAUAAUUUAUGGUUUAAAUGCUUUGUCUGUAUUAAUAACAAUGUUAGUCUCUUAUUUGCACAAUAAAAAGUGGGUAUUUAAUAUGUUCAUAUUUGUAAUGCUUUUUAUUCCCCUUAAAGAGGCAUCCUGGUGCAUUGCUUUUGUAUCCCAUUACCAACAAAUCAUGUAUCCUUCAUAUUACUGCUGAGCUGUUCUAAGCAGACCAUCAGACUGUAGAUUGAUCUCCAGCUCUGUUGUUUUGACAGCGUAGCUCAAUGCUGAGCCCUCAGUCAGACCCACAAGAUAAACAGUGAGAUAACAUGGACAAUAAGGGAAAUGAUCAAUUUAACUUCUUGCAUUUAAAAGAUUGCGUUAAGCAACAGCAAUAAGACAACUCUUAAAUGUGAUGUCGUAGUAGUGUUACUCCCAUGCAGUAACUUCCAGCUUGCCUACAUAUAGAAAAAAAAAAAGUGGAACAAAAUAGCAAAGAGCUGUUUGCAAUGAACUGCACGCAGUGAAUCAGAAGGUUUGGGCUGCUGAACACUUACAAGAAGAUAGCCACCGCUUUACUACAUGAAACGAAAUAAAAUCUGUCAGUAACAGACCCACUUCGCGCUUCACAUUUGACCUACUGUUUGUACUUUCUUAGUUGUCUGUGCUCAGUUUUCCUGUGCAGUGAGAGAUUAUUAGCCACAUUUCAGUUUUAUCUCCAGAUAAAGUGGUUUAAGUAAUGCUUGCACUUUCUCCAUUUCCCCUAUAAUUAGUGCCAAAUUGCAUAGUUCUUUCUGUUUGUUUGCAUGGCAUACUGACACGAAUGGAAACUAAAUCAGUGUGAGAACUGCUGAUGUUUACAGUAAUGUAAAGAGCGCACUCUGUAUACCUAAAAGGUGUAAAAAGGCUGUAGAUUCCUCACUGACAGAGAACAGCAGCUGUGGUUCGCCUGACUUCUGUCACAUUUCACAGUCGAGGUAACGGAUCAAAACAUUUUAAGUGCAACAGAACUUCAAUUUAAGAAAUUUUAUCAAAACAUACACGCGGUAUUGAGAUGACCAUUCGCCCACACGCGUAGGAAGACUCUUGGUCAUCUCAAUACUGUUAGAUAUUCAGUUAGCAGCUAGCUAGGGGUUAAGACUAAACUAGUUAACGCUCAACUUUAUAUAUAUAUAUAUAUAUGCUAAAUGCACGCGUCCUCGCAGGAGUACGAAAGCACAAGAAGCAGUGUAUUCAGCUAUUUUCUGACCACAGCUGCUCUCCUUUGUCACUCAGGAAAGUACAAACAGUAGCUGUUUGAUAGCAAGAAGACAGACUUUGACUUGUCACUUUGAAGCGAUAAAUACCAUGCUGGUACGCUCCUUUAAGUCUUGUGAAAAAAAUCACAUUUUCAGUGGACAGAGAGCUACAGGGGGAGGGCUACAGGACGUUGGACUUGAUGAUAGGAGAUCUGGACUGUUAAGGAAGAUCCAAUGUCUCCAACCCUGACGCCUUAAAGCACCUUUACAAUUUGACUGAUUCGUGCUUAUUUUAAUCAAUGUGCUUUGUUUUAAAUGAUCGACAUGUCAAAGCUAACAGAAAAGUAGUUCUCAUAGGAUUGUUGCUAUACAUCCUGGAUGGCCGUGACCAUUUCACAACAGUGAGUAUUCAAAGUAAAUGAGGCGGGACUCAUCUUGUCAAAGUGUACGUGUAUAUGUGUGGUUGUGCAGGUAGAGUGAUGUGAAUGUAUGCAUACUGAAGAAGACGUUCUGGUUCGCUGUUUUGUUUUUGCCUUCUGUUCACCCUCAGAGUUUUGGAGUGGGAAGUGUAGAGACGUAGAUGUUUGGUAAUCAUUUAAACAUGAACUGAAGUGAAUAAUGAAAAUGUGAAAAUGUGUAUAUUUAGAUAAAUGUAAUGUAAUACAUUGGUGUGUCCUAUAGUCCUGUAGCGUAAGACUUAAAAAACAAGGACGUUUUGUACUCUAGCACUUUCUUUAAUGUGUACUGUAUUAGUUCAUCUUCUACAUGUAAAGUACUGUAUGAAUAAUCAUUACUUGCCUUGUAAUGUUUGAAAUGAUGCUACGUUUAGAAAUGGUAACCAAGAAAAUAAAGAUUUUAGAGUGUAUGCAUGCCAAUGGUUGGGUCCCAGUAUAAUAGGAAAACUAUAUGAAAAAAUGGUGCUAUGUUACACUAUAUAAAGGUGCUUCUAUGGGCCCCAGCUGAAUGCAUGCAAAGAGGAACUAUCAAAAGAAGACUAAAAGAGAAAAAUGAUGUCCUACUGCUGUUCUCAAAUAGUGCUGCUUCCCAAAGAUGUCGGAAAUUCCAACCUUCUAUUUGUUAAAACAAGCACUCCAGCUCUGGUGUACGAUGCAGAAAUCUGAUAACCUGUCAGUGCUUCUGUCACCCUGUUGACUAUCCUCCAGACAUACGUUUGUACGUGUUGGUUUGUUGGGAAGGAGCAUUUUAACUCUAAAGCGUUGUCCGUGUUCUUCCCUGUUUUUUCUGAGCUACAUCACUGGAACACAUGGAGGUUGUUCUUACAAUCUUUUAAGCUGGGAAUUUCCAACUGGAGACUAGCUAUGGGAUGCACAGUAGGGGGGCAGAUAUCCUACCUGAUCACAAACGGUGAAGUCUAACUGUAAAUAUCAUCAACAGCCUCCACAGCUCUCAGACAAACCAGAACCAGAACCUGAGCUGAGCCUGUGUGUGGCCCUGAGAAAGAAUGGUCCAAUAUGGAAACAGCCCAUUAUCAUGAACAGUAACUCCAGCUGUAGAAGCAGUCCGACAUGAGGUGGUUUCUAUUUUUAAGAAAAGAAAAACGCCAUGUCUAUUUACAGUUACACUGCCUUUGUGAGACAGGUCUAAAAGAUCUAUAGACAAUCUAAUGACAUCAUUUUGUACUUUAAUUCUUCAGAUGUUUAUGUGUUGAAAUCAUUUUUCAUGGAGUUGAAGGGCAAAGAUGUUUGAGUUUGGGAAACGUGCUACUUGUUGCUGGAAAAUGAUUUGGAAAAAGAAAAUGUGUAUGUUUAUUGGUUGUAUUAACCAUCUUUCUUUCUCUUUAUGUUGUUCAUUAAAUGUUUUACAGGAUCAAUUA